GCCAAAUUGACACUCUUUGUGAUGCCGGGCGAAAAAUGAACGGACGAACCGAGAUCAGUUUUUCUUGUGCAAAUUGGUUCUUUUCUAUUUUGCUGCAUGUUUCACUUUCACUCUUUUUGUCGUUCGCCACAGGACACUAAGAAGGAGUAUUGAGCAGAGGGCCUACUCAGCUAGAAGAAGCAUUAGGACAGGAAAACUUUCCAGCGCCGACCUUCGUUCCGAUCUUGAUAGAUUUAUUUACACCAAAUUUAUUUCGCCAUCACCUAGUAGAGCCAUUUUUACAGGGACAACUACCUUCUUUGUUUUCUUUUCCCUAUAAGCAACGCACCACGAGCGGCGUUUCAAGACUCCCGAGUUGUAAGGCAUCCCCACCGACCAGCCUGCUGCUCGACCGCGAGCCGCAGCGAAACAGUCGGCGCAUAAGUAGUACCUUUCUACAACUAGCGUGGCGCAACUGCUGCAAAGCCAGGGACCGCUCAAUCAGGGAGCUGACGGCCUUCGCGACACGACGGGAAAAUGGGCGACAGAAGGCCACGCGGCCGGGGCAGAGAGCAUGAUGACGACAGGUAUUUAAUGAUGAUUCUGGUUGGCACAGAAGCAAAAGUGGCACAGACAACUUGUCAAGUUGCGGUUGCAAUGAAAAAGAGUCCCUGUAGUUCUUCUAAGUAGUCGAGUAGUACCUCCAAUUUCAAAAAAAACAAGGUAUACCGGCGAGUCAGGAAAAUUUGAAAGACUCCACGAUGACGACGAUGACGCGUGCAAAUCAAUAGAAGGCUGGGUCAUCGUGAUCAGUGGCAUCCACGAGGAGACACAGGAGGAAGACCUGUACGAAAGGUUCUCCGACUUUGGCAGCAUCAAAAACAUUCACCUAAACCUCGACCGAAAAACGGGGUAUGUGAAAGGUAUUGUAACUAGAAUAUAUUACUUUUUUGAUGCAGGUUUUUGAUUGUAUGUGUGCAUCAGCAUCUACAGCUGCCCGAAACGGCGAGAAGAGUUGUCCUUCUCUACUAGCAUAUUACGUUGACAAACUACUCACUCCCAGGCUACUGCUUUCUCGAGUACCAGGAGAAAGAAGAGGCUAUGGAAGCUAUCAAAAAUGCGCACGGCGACAAGCUCCUCGGCGCCACCAUGACCGUCAGCUGGGCCUUCCAGAAGAAAGACACUGGUGACAAACCAAGGAAAAAAGCAAGGCGACACUAAACUACAGAUUUGCAGUUCUUGGACACACGACCGGCAGAUGCUGCACUGAGACUGAUGUGGCAGGAGCUGUGUGUAGAAGUGAUACAGUAAAAAAAGCCAAAGCGAAAUUUGAGCAAGAGCAAACAAAAGCGUCUUCGGGACGUUUUGCUAGCGUUGAUGGCGCUGUUCUUCUUCUAACAUAAUUUGCCGUGUGCGGUUUCUCUCAAUUAUGCUUCUUUUGCGUCCUUCCAAGAUUGAAGUGUUGUUUUGAAAAUUUUUCUCUUUCCAGCACCUGCUGUCACUUGCGCGCGCCUG